UGCUUUGGAAAUCAUUAAUAUGUUAUUACUGGUAACAAGAUUAGUGCUUUAAAUGUUCUAUAUGUCAUGCAUCUGCAAUUUGAUCACUCAAACAACUACGUUUAGAGAGAGCUUUAGAGUGAAGGUCUUUCUCUGGAUGCAUGUCCUAUCUCCUAACAGGCCAUAAAGCAGAUUUGACCUUGUUUUUCCUGUUUCCUUUUCUCUUCCCUGUCACAUUUGUUCUUGGGCUUCUCCCUCUGCUUCAGUUUAUUUGAUCCUCCACCCUCGUCCACAUUGGGUAUAUUUUGUCAUACAAGACAUGGCAAGACUUUGUUGUUUGCCAUCAUUAUUACCUGUGAUUUUUGCCCUGUUUUUACAAACCUGUGAAUCCGCUUUAAAUAGAGUAAUUUCUCAGAGUUACAGAGCCACUGGAGUCUUCCUGCUUAUCGAAGGAGGAACCUACUACACCUUGAACUUCACAGCUGCCCGAGAUGCCUGUCUUUCACUAAAUGUCACCAUGGCGACGGAAGUUCAGAUAUCACAAGCGAUUCAACAUGGACUGGAAACGUGCAAAUAUGGCUGGAUAGCUGAACAGACUGCCGUCGUCCCACGAAUUUCCCCUGAACAAACUUGUGGCCAGGGCAAAACUGGGGUAGUGACAUGGAAGGCACCAGCAGAUAAAAAGUUUGGCGUCUUCUGCUUCGAUGCAUCCGCAUUAACAGAUAUGGAGACAACAGCCAGCCCACAAUCCCCCACAUCUCCAACUCCACUGACAACUCAAACCACACAUUUGGUCACAUCAACAACAAGGUCCAUGUCCUCAACAAAAAAGUCAAUAACAGGAAAAUCUCGGCCGACACUUCAGCCCACACCCUCAACUUCAGCUUCUGAUGUGCUCGUCAUGACAUCGCGGUCAGCUAGGAUUUCUUCCCUUGGCACCCCUUCUUUUAAAACGUUCUCAACCCAUAUUCCUGUUUCCUUGCCUCCCCUACUAACCACCACGAACCCCCCUGCUGUCACUUUGACCUUUUCUGCUUCCACUCAUGCCUUCAAUUUCCCAGCUUCCUCUGAGUGGCCGCUGCCACAGACUGAGAGCUCCGCAAAACCAUCUCUAGGAGCUUUACAUGUAACAGUUAUUGUUCUUGGCAUCAUUCUUCUGCUCCUGACUGCAGCAAGCGCUAUGUGGUACUUUCAAGUGAAUGUUUUCAGGUGCUUGUCUCACUGGCAGCAGAUGGAUAACAUCGAGACAGAGAUGUGGAAUUUUACUAAUAAUGCUAUGAACCAUCUCGGACUGCAAGGGGAUGAUGAUGAUGAUGAUGACGAUGAAGAAGAAUCACACCGGAUGUACUCCAGUGACAUCACUCUGUGUGUGAAGUCAGACAUCAAAGCAAACUCUUCAAAGUAAUAUGACCAUUUUGUGCAAGUUUUUUGUAGACACAGCUGUGUUAUCUGAUAAAAACAAGAUUAGAAGAUCACUCACACCAUAAAAUCUUUGGUAGAUUGUUGUACUCAUAAAAGUCCUUUAUACAGCCUGUUACAGGACUUUUCUGGCUACAGACAACUAAAUCGGGCUAUAUGUUUAGACUUGCUGUCAUAUACACAUGAAUGAAAGUGGAAGCCAACAGACGCUUCUUUCCUAGUGGUGGAGAAAAAACAAUACAAAUAUGUAACUGACACACACCAAUGUUGUAAAAUAAUAUUGAAAAUAUACAAUAAUAAUAGUGUGAUCUGUAUUUCUGUAUUACAGACAACAGAUACUAACAAACAAGCUUUCAAAGUAAUACUACUAUUACUUUUAUUAUGAAAAUAAAUUGUGCUUGGCUUUGGCCAAAUCUUUCUUUGUAACUAUGCAUCUUGGCAAUAAAUACUGUUGCAAAGCCUGUUUA